GACGUCAUCGCGCUUUACGACUGUUUUGGAGGCUGAUUCAAAAUGGAGUAGGUCGCACAGGAGCCACCUUAGCUAAGUCAGCUACUUUAGCUUUAAUCGCCCAUCUUCUUUCGUUUCACCCUACGUCAUUCGUUCAAAUUAGAACAUUAACAAACUAAACAAAAUGUCAGAAGAGAAGAAAUCGGGCUCUUUAGGUUUCUUUUCUAGUUAUGACGACCUGAGCGACAGCAGCGACUCGGACGAGGAGCGGCAAAGUCAGAGGAACCAAACGGGGGAGGGUGCCUCUGGAAACGGAGCCCAGUCCUCCGAACAGGGGACCAAACGCUCAGCUGGCGGAGCUCCUUUGCCCAAACCCGACGAGCUGUUCAGCUCCGUGUCCAAACCCGCGUUCCUCUACAACCCCCUCAAUAAACAGAUCGACUGGGACACUCUGGCUGUUAAAGCUCCCGAAGAGCCCGCCAGAGAGUUUAAGCCAUGGAAGACAAACGCUGUGCCCCCUCCAGAGAGCUACGCUGCGGAACCAGAGAAGAAGAAGGGGCCUCCUCCAGGCAUGGUAUGUGCUGUAAAUGAUCUAGACUGUGAAAUUAUCAAACAGCACAGACAGAAAUAG